AUGGCGGCUGAGGCCGCCACCUUCCUUCCAGGCCCGCUUCCAGUAGAUACGAGCCACGUGCUACAAUGCCCUGCCUCGGCCCUGCCUUUUCUUCAGGAGCUGCGUGCGCGUCGUCCAGUCAACGAGGAUGACCCUUCCAAGAAACUGCCACAGGUUCAAGCUGUUCCGACCUCUGAGCACGCGGACAACGCGACUCGUUUCAAGAGCGUCGAAAAUGCCAUCGGCGACAUGAAAUUGGAGUCUGGUGCGAGCGAGCCGGAGCGGGGCCUCACGGAGAACUUCGCGCACACAUACGUAUCAUCGGGGAACGCGUGCGUGGACUUUCUCUUCCACGUGCUGCCGCAGACCGAGCGCAACGAUGCGCACAGGCGGCUCAAGGCUGCGUGGGCGGAGGACCCGGCCACGGCUCUGCGGCUGGUGAUGCAGCUGCGCGCGGUGCGCGGCACGGGUAAGAGCGACCGUUCCAGCUUCUUCCACUGUGUCACGUGGCUUUACCAGAACCACCCGCGGACGCUUAUUCAGAACCUAUGGCUGGUUCCUGAGUUCGGGUGCUUUAAAGACCUAUUGGAGAUCGUGCGGCUCGCUUUGGCGGAAGAAGGCGUAGACGCCAAGGAGGACGGCACUGUGGCUUGGAAUGGCAUGAAUGAGGGAAAGAAGAUGCGCAAAAUGCGCGUCAGGAAGGGGAGUAUGGAAGAGGGGAAAAGCGUGGUAGCGAAGCGGGGGAUGGCGGAGCAGAAGAGUCGGGAGGAGCGGGUGGCGGAGAACCGGCGGAAGAUGGCGGAGGAGAGCGAGCGCGCGGCGGUUGCGCGCAAGGAAGCGCACGCGCGGAGGGCGGCGGCGGUGGCGCACGCGUACGAGUCGAGCGAGCGGCUGCGCGCCGUGCACAACGCGGUGGCGGCGAUCUUCGCGGCUGCGCUGAAGGGGGACCUCGAGACGAUGCGCGCGUUCGAAGAGAGGCGCGCGCGGAAGAACGCAGAAGGGGGUGGGGCGAAGGCGGAGACCAGUGGUGAGGGCAAGAAGAAGCGCAAGUGGAUGGGGAGGCCGGCGCCGAGGCUCUCUCUGGCAGCCAAGUGGGCGCCCUCCCCUGGCAAGUCCGGGCGGUGGAAGCGCGUGGCAUACGGGCGCGUGCCGUCCGUGUGCAUGAAGAAGACCCGCAAGCUCUUCCUCUCCCACGAUGAGGCGCGCUUCACUGAGUACCUCGAGGAUGUGAAGGGCGGCGAGGCGAAGAUCGCUGCUGGGGCGCUGCUGCCGCAUGAAGUGGUGAAAACAGCCAUGAAAGCAGCAGAGGACAGCGGUGAUACAGUGGGCGAGCUGCAGUGGAAGGCCAUGGUGGCUGAUGUGCGCAGCAAGGGGUCUCUGGGGAACAGCAUGGCGGUGUGCGAUGUGUCGGGGAGCAUGGCGGGCACGCCCAUGGAGGUGGCCGUUGCACUGUCGCUGCUCGUGAGCGAGGUGAGCAGCGAGCCGUGGAAGAACCACCUUAUUACCUUCUCUGCAACGCCGAAGAUUUAUCGCGUGAAGGGAGAGACCCUGGUGGAGCGCGUGAGGAGGGUGCAGCGUAUGGGCUGGGGCUACAACACCAACUUCCAGUCCGUGUUUGACCUGCUGCUGUCCCGCGCAAAGAAGUUCCAGCUGGACCCGGCCGACAUGGUGCAGCGCCUCUACGUGUUCUCUGACAUGCAGUUUGAUGAGGCGGGCGCGGCCAGUGGGGCCGACUGGGAGACGGACCACCAGGCGAUAGUUCGCAGGUAUACUGCGGCGGGUUACCCUGUACCGCAGAUAGUGUAUUGGAACCUGAGGGGGGAUGCUUCUGCGAGUAGCACGCCGGUGGCUGCAAGUGAGGAGGGGGUGGCGCUGGUGUCGGGGUUCAGCAAGGGGAUGUUGCUGGCGGUGCUGGAAGGCAAGGAGAUUUCUCCCAUGAUUGUGCUCGAGGAGGCCAUCAAGGGAAAGCUCUUUGAGCUUAUUCAGGUUGUGGAUUGA